AUGUCUUUCGCUGCUCUUCGUCGCAGUAGUAUUCGUCUUGCAGCUCUCAGCAGCCACACUCCGUCAUUGCCUGUCAAUCGGCCAUUCACACCGUUCCGCAAAAUGUCCGUCCCUACCACUAUGAAGGCCGUCGUGGUCGAGAAGACCGGUGGCCCCGAGGUCCUGGAAGUGAGGACCUCGUAUCCCGUGCCUACUCCUCAAGAGGGCCAGCUGCUCGUCAAGAAUAACAUCUCGGGCAUCAACUUCAUCGACACAUACUUCCGCACGGGUCUCUAUGCCUCCGCCAAGCCGGAGAUUCUGGGUCGCGAAGGUGCUGGCACCGUCGUCGCCCUGGGACCGAAUACCUCGGGCUUCCAGGUGGGAGACCGCGUCGCCUGGAUGGGUACGAGCGGCUAUGCCGAGUACACUGCUGCCCCGGCUGCCAAAACCGUGAAGAUCCCUGAGGGUUUGAGUGAUGAAGACGUCAUGGCCUCAUUCCUGAGCGGAUUGACCGUCCUGUCUUUCGUCAAGGAGACCUACACAGUGCAGAAGGGCGAUUGGGUCCUUCUGCACGCCGCAGCUGGUGGUGCUGGCUUCUUGAUGACUCAAAUUCUGAAGACGAUCGGUGCCAAGGUCAUCGGCACUGCUGGUGGUCCUGAGAAAUGCGCUCUGGUCAAAUCCCUUGGUGCAGAUGUCGUGAUUGACUAUCGCAGCGAGGAAGGCAAGGACUGGGUGAAGAAGGUUAAGGAAGCCACCGGUGGUAAGGGCGUCGAUGUUGUCUAUGACUCUGUCGGCAAGGACACCUGGGAAGGCAGCCUGGAGGCCGUCAAGCGCAAGGGUACCAUAGUUUGGUUCGGCAAUGCCAGUGGACCGGUUCCUCCCAUUCCCCUCCCCAAACUCUCCCCCAAGUGUGUCAAGAUUGCUCGUCCUACCCUCUUCGGUUAUAUCGAGACCCGGGAAGAGUUCGAGUUCUACACCAAUGAGCUCUUCAACCUCCUCAAAUCCGGCCAGCUCAAGACCAAGAUCCACAAGAUCUACCCGCUCGAGGAGAUUGCCCAAGUUCACAAUGACCUGGAGGGAAGAAAGACCACAGGCAAGCCCCUUCUGAAGCCCUGA